CUUGCCAAGUAUUGGUCCAAGCCAUCACGGUGUGGCUCCCCUUGACCCAAUGCCUUUUGCGCAGCUCGUACUUGGAAGCCCAGGGUCUGGCAAGAGCACAUACUGCGACGGAAUGCAUCAGUUUCUCGGUGCAAUCGGUCGUGUGUGCUCUGUUGUAAACUUGGAUCCUGCGAAUGACCACACGAGUUAUCCCGCGGCCAUUGAUAUUCGCGACUUGGUGAAACUAGAAGACGUAAUGGGCCGUGAUUGCCUUGGUCCAAAUGGUGGCGUUUUGUACGCACUUGAACAGCUGGAACAUAACUUGGAUUGGCUGGAGGACAAACUCAAAGAGCUGGGCGAAGAUUAUGUUCUAUUCGACUGUCCUGGUCAAGUCGAACUCUACACGCAUCAUCAUGCCUUACGAAACAUUUUCUUCCGACUCCAGAAGAUUGGUUACAGGCUAGUCGUUGUGCACCUAAACGACUCCAUGUGCCUCACCCAGCCGUCUCUAUACAUCGCAAGCCUUCUCUUGUCCCUGCGUGCCAUGCUCCAGAUGGACUUGCCGCACAUCAAUGUGCUGAGCAAGAUCGACAAGGUCGCGUCGUACAAUACACUCCCCUUUAACCUCGACUUCUACACAGACGUACAGGAUCUGUCAUAUUUGAUACCAUACCUCGAAGAUGAAUCGCCGGCUUUGCGAAGUCACAAGUUUGCGCGGCUUCACGAGGCGGUGGCGAACAUGAUCGAGAGUUAUGGAUUGGUUCGAUUCGAAGUUUUGGCCGUGGAGAAUAAGAAAAGCAUGAUGCACCUAUUAAGAGUCGUUGAUCGGGCCAGUGGGUAUGUCUUUGGUGCCGAGGGCGCAAACGACAGUGUAUGGCAGGUUGCUACGAGGAACGAAUCCUCCUUGCUGGAUGUGCAGGACAUCCAGGAGCGAUGGGUUGACAGCAAGGACAAGUACGAUGAGCUAGAGCGGAAGGAGUGGGAGAAUCAGCUCAAGAAGAAUCAAGGGAACCAACAGCAGGAAGGCGAUGCAACUACCGCUUCAGUUCCACAAGUUGAUGAUCCGGACUUUGGAGACUUGACGAUGCCAAUGGAUACGGGUGUCAGAGUUGUGCGUAGAAAUUAAGGCUGUUGGUUUGUUCGUUUGUUCCUUUGUUC